GCGCUUGAAGCCCUUCGUCGCCGCGGCCCGCGGCAUUGCCAUGACCUUUGCCGGUUCAGUGUCUUACCCAGGGUACGACAGUAUGGCUCGCAUUACUGUCAGCCAGAUUGUUGCCGCUGACAAACAAGUCUUCGUGCGGCUCAUUGAAGCUGGCAUUCGUCCGAAGCGUGGGGAUGACAAAUCAUUUCCCAUGGAUUCUGCACUCAUGGCUGCCCUUGAGUCGUAUGAGGUCAGCCAGAAGGAUGAUGAUCCCAAGAAGCCCCGAAAGGGGAAUGGCAAAGGCCUGACCGGCAAGGGGGCGGGAGGUUAUUGCAGAUCUCUCGUCCCCAUCUUCUCCCGAGGUGCCGGCGAGAUCUUCUAUCCGCGACCUUCACGAGCAUUGCUUUGCUUCGCAAUCAAUCGGCUCAUCUUCAUCGUGGCAUAUGGGUGGCAGGACUUGGUGAUGAAGUGUGCCCGCAGCCCUCUCUCGUUUGACAGCCAUCAGUGGCACUGCACAGCACCGUGGACGGGGGAUCGGUUGAGCGCUGGGCUCAUUCAGCUUCCACCUUCAGCUACAGCGGAUGUCUUUGAAGUGCAUGAAAGCCAUCCUUAUCCAGUUCUGAUUGAGCUUUGUUCGGGUCUGGGCCGACUUACUGCCCACGCUCGCAAUCAUGGUGCUCGAGGUUCGAUUGCUGUUGACUUCACGGCGGCACCUGAUGCGGCUACGGUGCCUUUGCAGCUUGAUCUCGCUGAGGCCUCGUCCCUUGUGUGCGAGUGGCUCUCUUCGCCACAUGUUACCUGCAUCCAUGCCGGCCCGCCGUGUGACAUGUCGUUUGAGCUUUCAGAAUCCCUCGCCACCAUCGUGCAAAGUGCUCUUGCUCAGGACCUUCUUGUUUCAAUUGAGUUGCCCCCUGAUGAUUCCUUUUGGGCAUCCGACAAUGGUGUUGCCGUGGCACGAGCCUGUCCUUUCUCGUGGCAGGUUCACUUGUGUGCCUUCGGCGGUGCAUGUGUUUCAACUUCGCUCCACAGCAAUUGCGACGUCUUCGGUUCCUUGAGCCGCCCUUGCUCAUGCAAGUCCGUCUCGGUUGAGCCUUGCUUAGCUCGGGUUUAUCCAUGGGAGUUUGCUCAGGGUUACUUCUCGUGUUUGCGCAUUCCCGCGGCUGCUGCUCCGGCCUCGGCCACUGCCAGGGCAGCCACGCUUGCACAGCCGCGUGCUUCGGUUUUCCCUUCACUCGUUUCCGAGCACCAGCAGGUUGUUGUUGCCACAGGUUGUUUAACUUUGCCGGUAACAACAAUGCAGCGUCUUAAAGCCCCUCUUCUGCUACCUCCCGAGGUGCACUGUCGGCUGCGUUGUCUCCCUGAAGGCUCGCAACUACUUCGGGUGUCAAGUGUUUCGGUUAACAAAGGGGGUACUGGUAAAGGGGUUGAGACUGCUUGGGGCAUCCCGCGAUCACCCGAAGAGUUUGUCAAAGCUGCUUUAGCGGCUGGGCACCCGUGCAAAAAUGAGUUUGCCCUCCCUCAAGCCUUGCAGCAUGCAAUCGAUGUGAAUGCAAAGAGCGAGUCGUCGGACCUCGCGAAGAAUCGCGCGCUCUUCUUUCGCAAGUGGGCGGCUAGGUCUAAGGAGUUGGAGCCUGCUGAGGCCCAGCUCAAGGCGACCAUGCCAGGUCACAUUGCAUCGAUCUUAGCCCCUAAGAAGCUUUUGUUGUGGCGUGAGAUUUUGGUUGACUUGGGGUAUCCUGACCUUUCCGUCUUUGAUGAGGUAGUUCAAGGUUUUUCCCUCACAGGUAAUACCCCAGUAACAGCCAUCUUUCCUCCCACCUUCAAGCCCGCCAAGCGAAGCUGCAGUGAUGUAGCGAGCUGGGCACCGGAGCUGAGGUCGCAUGUGAUCUCGAAGUGCAAGCCUCAAGGCGAGGAGGACGAAGUCGUCCACACCAAGACUCUUGAUGAGCGAAGAAAAGGUUGGGCCCGCGGCCCAGUUCCUUUGGAAGAACUUCCAGCUGACUCCUUGGUCAGUCGUAGGUUCGGCUUGAAGCAAGGCCCGAAAAUCCGCUUGAUAGAUGAUCUCACGAUGGGUGGAGUAAAUGAGAUGGUGAAUGUGCACGAGUCGCCAAAACCGCACGGGCCAGACAUCGUGGCAGGGAUGUUGCUGGCUUUCAUGCGUGCUGCCCCUGGGAUAGCUCUACAGGGCAGGGCGUAUGAUCUUAGAUCCGCUUAUAGGCAACUGCCCGUAAGCCUUCGAUCGCUUCGCCACUCCUUCGUGGCUCACUGGAAUAGUAAUUCCCAGCGUGCUGAAAUCGAUCAAUUACUGGCGUUGCCGUUCGGAGCAUCCCGCUCCGUAUAUGGCUUCCUAAGGGUUGUUACUUCGGUUUGGUGGAUCGGUUGCAUGGCCCUAAGCCUAGUAUGGAGCGUCUUCUUUGACGAUUUCGUCACAGCGAGUCGACAGGUCGAUGUCCGCCAUACAGAGGCGGCCGCCACGGCCCUGUUCAAGCUGCUAGGGUGGGAGUACGACGAGUGUGAUGAAAAAUCAACUGAGUUUUCUAGUGUGUUUAAAGCAUUAGGAGUGUCCUUCAACCUUGCAGCAGCUGAGCAUGGCCGCGUCAUGCUCUCCAAUACUGCUUCGAGAAUUGCUGAGCUCGUUCAGACCAUUUCGGAAAUCUUGGAAAGCAAAUCCUUACCUCGCGCUGCUGCUUUGCGCCUCCGCGGCCGCAUGCAGUUUUGUGAUAGCUUCCUUUUUGGUCGGGCGUCGCGGCUUUGUCUUCAAGCAGUGACAAGGCAUGCCUACGAUGGUGCCAGUCCCUUGGUACCUGAUGAUCUUUGGGAUGCCUUGCAUCGCUACAAGGAGUGCCUACAGGUCAGUCGGCCACACACUGUCUGUGCCGCUCACAACGACCCUUACUACUUGUUCACGGAUGCCUGCUACGAGCCUCGUAGCACUUGGUGUGCAGGUUUGGGUGCUGUGCUUUUCAGUUCUGCAGGUGAGUUUUGCGCCUUCUUCUCCUUCUGCCUGGACGUGCCGGGCCGUGAGGCACUUGGAGAGAAGCACAAGAAGACCAUCAUCUUUGAAUUGGAAUUCCUCGCGCUUGUCGUUGCACUCGUGCAUUGGAAGGCUAGGCUGACCAACCGGCCAUGCGUCGCUUACCUUGACAACAACUCUACAAGAGACGUUGCCAUUUCUGGCAGAGGCAGAAACCCUACUGCUAAGGCACUAGCUUCUGUCCUCCUGGCCCUGGAAGAUGCCGGAGAGAUCCGGUGUUGGUAUGCACGUGUCCCGUCUCCCAGCAACGUUGCAGAUCUUCCAUCUCGGGAGCUCUGCAGCACGAUGACUGUGUUGGGGCAAACUCGCUCCGCGGAUGAUGCCAGUGGUGCUCUCA